GACUGCGCCGUGCUGCGGUACGCGGUGCGGUCUCUCGGCGCCCGGAGCGGCUCUGACUCACGGUAGCCUUUGAACCUGUAGAGAUAAAAUUGCUGAACUGGAAAAUGGCCUGUGUCUUCUCAAAGGAAGAAGAGAUACUGUCAUAACGUUGCAUACUAGUGAAAAGCUGAAAGUUUACCGUGUGGCCCUAAAGAACCAGAAACCAAAAGGAACCAAUAUUCCUGCUCCACAGAGCCCCAUCUUUAGUGAGGCUGUUUCUGGAGUCUGUGUGAUGACCAAGGUACUGGGCAUGGCCACAGUUCUGGGCCCUCAGCCUUCACAGGAGCAGGUGGGGCCUGCGAUGGUGAAAGUUGAGGAGGAGGAGAAAGGGAAGUGCCUUCCUAGCCUGGAGAUGUUCCGCCAGCGCUUCAGGCAGUUUGGGUACCAUGACACUCCAGGACCCCGGGAGGCCCUGAGCCAACUCCGGGUGCUUUGCUGUGAGUGGCUGCGGCCUGAGAUCCACACCAAGGAGCAGAUCCUAGAGUUGCUGGUGCUGGAGCAGUUCCUGACCAUCCUGCCCCAGGAGCUCCAGGCCUGGGUGCAGGAGCACUGCCCGGAGAGCGCUGAAGAGGCCGUCACUCUCCUUGAAGAUCUGGAGCAGGAACUGGAUGAACCAGGACAGCAGGUCUCAACUCCUCCAAAUGAACAGAAACAGGUGUGGGAGAAUAUGUCAUCUUCAGGAACAGCAAAGGGAUCCCUGAGCAGUGUGCAGUCACAGCCUGUGGAGAGUCCUAACUAUGAACCUUGGGGGCCCCUGUACAUCCAAGAGAGUGGUGAAGAGCAGGAUUUCACUCAAGGUCUGAGAAAGAUUCAAGAUUGUAAAUCUAAUGCCCAGAAUGAGGAAUCAGCAGAUGAACAGAAAAGUUCUGAAGAAGAAUCUCAUGCAGAUGGACUCAAAAGGGAUAUUCCUGUGAUUAUUGCCAAUAAAUGUGAGGCCAUGUUAGAAAGGCAGUGGGUAAACCUUGAAAAGGAAAGAGGAAUAAAAACCCCUCUUCAAGGCACAGGUUCCAAGAAAGGUACAGAAUCAGUUCCUUCUAAACCUGCCCCAGGAGAGAGACGUUAUAUAUGUGCUGAGUGUGGAAAAGCCUUUAGUAAUAGCUCAAAUCUUACUAAACACCGGAGAACACACACUGGGGAGAAACCUUAUGUAUGCACCAAAUGUGGGAAGGCUUUCAGCCACAGCUCAAACCUCACCCUUCAUUACAGAACACACUUGGUGGACCGGCCUUAUGACUGCAAGUGUGGAAAAGCCUUCGGUCAGAGCUCAGACCUCCUUAAACAUCAGAGAAUGCAUACUGAGGAGGCACCAUAUCAGUGUAAAGAUUGUGGAAAGUCUUUCAGUGGUAAAGGCAGCCUAAUUCGACACUAUCGAAUCCAUACUGGGGAGAAGCCUUAUCAGUGUAACGAGUGUGGGAAGAGCUUUAGUCAGCACGCAGGUCUUAGUUCACAUCAAAGACUCCACACUGGAGAGAAGCCGUAUAAAUGUAAGGAGUGUGGGAAAGCCUUCAACCACAGCUCAAAUUUUAACAAACAUCAUAGAAUCCAUACUGGGGAAAAGCCCUAUUGGUGUAAUCAUUGUGGAAAAACCUUCUGUAGCAAGUCAAAUCUUUCUAAACAUCAGAGAGUCCACACUGGAGAGGGAGAAGUACCAUAACUGUCAAGUAUGCUCUUUUGUUUUUGUUUUUUUAAGUUUUAGAACAUGAAUGCUAGGGAGAAUCCCUGUAAUUGCAAUAUCAACUCUGGUGGUAGAUUUGCUUCACUUCACAUCAAGGGAUGCCUGAGGGGUGGGAGCUCCACAGUGGCACAGUCAGCAGGAGGUUGUCAGAGGAUAUCAGUGGGUCUGUACCUGCCAGCUCGCUGGGCAGCAUCCUCCCCACACAUCAGGGCCCAGUAAACCAUGCCAACAUUGCCUUUUGCAAAGUUAAACUGAUGUGUAUCCACUGUAAUUAAGGAAGAACAUUAAAACCGUUAAACUUUUAA